CACCCAGCCCCUAACACUUCACAACAGGAAGCAAGCUAGCAGCAAGUUCGGUCAACUUGUUCCUGCGAUCAUGGGAUCUGCAUGUCACAGGCUUCUCGACGUUUGCGCCAUCAUGCUGAUGGCGAUAGCCGUCGCGAACGCUGCCUCCGGCGAGGUGGCAUCGCUUGUCGUCGGCCAGGCCAAGUGUGCCGACUGCACGAGGAAGAACAUGAAGGCUGAGGCGGCUUUCAAGGGUCUUAAGGUGGCGAUCAAGUGCAAGAACAGCAAUGGUGAGUACAUGAGCAAGGCCGUCGGCGAGCUCGAAAGCUCCGGCGCAUUCAACGUCCCGCUCUCCGUCGAUCUCCACAGCGCCGAAUGCUUCGCGCAGCUCCACGGUGCGGCGGGCACGCCGUGCCCGGGACAGGAACCGUCCAGGAUCACGCCGCUGGCCGAUGGCAGCUUCGUUGCCGUCCCUGGGAAUAUGCAACAACCGUCAGCAGAGUGUGCAUCUGUGACCAUCUGCGGCCCGAUCAGGAAGCAUUUCGGCAGCCACUUCCCCAAGAAGGGCGAGCAGCCAAUGCCUGAGCAGCCCAAGCCCGAACCAGAGCCCAAGCCCCAGCCAGAGUACAAUGCCCCAACGCCAUCCAACGGCGGUUCACCGAACCCUCCAGCUAUGCAUUUGACCGGCCAUUUCCACAAAGACCAUGAGCUGGACCACUACUUUGACCACUUCUUCCACCACUUCCACAAGAAGCCAGUGCCACCAGAGCCUAAACCCGAUCCCAAGCCCGAGCCGCAACCGGAGAACCCCUCCUCCGCACCACCGCCGACUCCGAUCUAUCACCCUCCGGCCAAGUAUUGAACUCGUUUUGGUUGGUAUCCCAAAGUAGCAUCCAUGGUAAUCUUGCGUGUGACUUAAUUUGCAGUACUACUUAUUAGUUUCUGCAGAAUAAUGGCUAUAUAUUACAAGUGUGAGACUUUUUUUUCUUUUUUCUUUUGUUCCCACAAAGCCAACUGUGAGACUGGAGCCAUGGAUUAUCAUUCAGCUACAAAUAGGGGUGCUAUAAUUUAUUGAGAAUAAUUCAGAGGCAUGGCAUAUGUAAUGUUUUCUGGCAUAUAUAAUUUAUUGAGAAUAAUUUAUUGUGCUGUAUGGUUUAUGUA